AUUUUGUUGACAUUUAGUAAAAAUGUAUUUAAGCGUAUCAUCAUAUUCAACAUUAUUUCAUGAUGAUGUGUGAAUAUUUAAACGAGAAGCGGAAGCUUUGAAUAUUUGAAUACAUUUUGCUUUGGGCUCCAUAAAAAUUUAAUUUUACUGUAAUAUUAUCACCAGCUGUAAUGGGACAGAAACAAUCAUCUUCACCAAAUAAAAAAUGCAGACCAGUGAAGUCCAAAGUAGAGGCCACGGAAAUAGUCGAUUUAGAAUCCAGCGGAUCUACUUCCUCCCAAACUGAUCCAACGAAGGUUAUCUCAAAUGCGAGCACUGAAAGCGCAAUAGAAUCUCCAGAGUUGACACCAAUUAUUCGUCAUGUAGAAGAACUGGAAUGCAGUAUUAAUAAGAUGACAGAAUCGGAAAUAGAUCUGUAUUUUGCAACUCUUAAAGACAACUUGCACAAUUAUUGGAGAAAAGUGUACGAUAUUAAAAAUAUCGAUGAUGAUGUCAAAAAUAGAAAGGCUGAAACUAUAGACAGAAUUAAAAUCAUACUAAAAAAUUUAGACGAACGUUACUUAAAAGGGAGAAUGUCUUAUUGAUUUGUUUUUAUUCAGAUAUGUUCUUAAACAUUAAUAAUAAUACAGUGCGUCUGUAAAAUGACGUUCAAUAAAGAGAAAAAGUAAUUUUUAUUGAAAAAAGAAAACAUUAGAAUAUGCUGCUUUAUUUUUAGUUGGCCGUUAGUUAUAUAUACAGUGUGUCC